AUGGGAAAUUAAACGCCAUAUUGGAUGUUCACAUCUUAGCGUGUGACAAGUAUACGUAGUCGAAUUUGUCAUUACUUUAUUGUAUAUACAGAUGAGUUCUUCGGAAAAUAAGCGUUCUAAAAGACGCAAGAAUAAAAAGGGAGGUCGUAGUUCUUUCCAGACGACUUUACAAAACAAAGGAAUAGAAAAUGGGGUGGAGAUUUCCGCUACUGCGAGUAGUAAAUCUCAUCCCCAACUGAAUAAUACUAAUAGUAUUAUUACUAACAGGACUGUGCCUCUUGAAACUGAUUUAGAAAAUCUACAUAAUGGCUCUAUGAAAGGAAUAACAAGUGAAGAUUGUAGGAUCAUGGAACAGCAAGUGGACAUGGGACUUGUUGCUGACCUUGAUAGUUUGGAACAAGCUAAUCCCUACCUUGGUGGAGAACGUUGUCUGUUAUGUCGAUGUGAAAGAUCUGGAAGAAGAGAUGGUGAUGGUGCAGCUGAGAAUGAAGGUAUUAUUAAUCUAAUUCGAGAUUCUACUGACUGGAGAAGAGAAGAUGUCAAGAUUCCUACAUCUAUAGCUCAGCUUCCUCUGUGGGUUUGUUCAGACUGCAAGACGCGUGUUGAAGAGGAACAGAGGACAUUUGAACCUCCUGUAAUGGACUAUAUCCCUAAAAGUAGAGAUUCUCCAACAUUUUAUGAUGAAGAUGUGCAAGAAGUGAACUUUUCUGGUGAAGAUGACUUAUCUUCUGUUUGUCAGUGUGAAACCUGUAAUGAAAGAAGAGCCAUUGAAACCCAACAAGUACAAGAACAACAAGAACUUAGGAAUUGUUGGUUGGAAUUGAAGCAGGCUGUGCAUCACAUUUAUAGAGAUGCAGGGCUUUCUCCUGGUGAAGCUCUAGCUGAGCAGCAGCUACUUCCUCCUAGGGGAGAGCAACCACCUAAUGUAGAAUUCCUGAGAAAGUUGGUCCAUAGGCUGUGUAGUCAUGACCCUCAUAGACUUUAUCAGUGUUUGGUGGCCCAAGUGCAUCUUUUUAUUGUUGAAAUGAGAUUGAGGCUGUUGCGCCAACUGGUUUCUGGAAAUGCAGCUGCACAACGAGAGAAAAGUUUUGCUCGAGCCUUACUGGAAGAAUAUGCAAAACUAUGCACAGCUUCCAAGCAGCUUUCACCAAUACUGUCUGAUCUGGCCAAGCACAUGAAACGUUUUAACCUCACAUGGGAACUUGUAAACAGACAUCUUUUCCAGAGUUUGGUUUAUUCUGAUGCUGUUAUUCACAAUGGGCUUCCUGAUAUAUCUAAUCAAAGGCUUGGUGGAGCGUUACGAGAUAAGUGUCAGCAUGAGAGCAUUGCGCUGCUGCAGACAUUUGAUCAAGAGAUGACAGUACUAGCAGUGAAGUGGCAAGAAGCACAACAAUUGCUCUACGAGUUUACUCAGGAACAUAUGGCAUCAUUAGCCAAACAAAGAGUGUUACAGAAAGAUUGGGAAGUCUUUUCUUCUCAUUGGAAAAGUAUUGAUGACCAGGCUUUAAGUAAAACAACUCCUUUUGUCCAAACGUGCCCGUGUGAUGAAUGUAUGAAUUCUAAACAACUUUCAACAUCCCACUUUGUUCCCAGUCUCUUGACUCCAGAGGAGUUGGCUCAUAUGGCAGAGCAAGCAGAUGGAGAUUCAUCCUAUAGACAACCUAACUCCUUUAGCAAUCAUUACAGUAAAGGUAGCGAAAAAAAUGCUAUCACAUCAGUUCAAUCUCCUUUGGCAAAUUCACAUGCCAGACAAUAUACAACCCCUUCUCACUCCCAGCUGAGACACCCUUCACAGAAAGAAUCAAGUCAACUCGUAUCCUCGUCAAAACAGACCUUAGAAGUUCAGAGGGUGGUGAUAGGUGCUCCAACAGAAUCAAAUGAGACAUCUGUUUGUUCCCAGAGUCCUGUUUCCAUUUCCAAAUCAGACAGCAACCGACCAUCUAGAGCUUUAAAACAUCAUCACUGUCAACUCUGUCUCAAGCAGAACAGUCACCGUACAGAUCAAACCACUCAUGUACAGUGUGAUUUAUCUCAGCCUUGUCAUGUUUGCUGUCAAAACUACCAGUCAAAUUAUGCUACUAGUACAUACAGUCAUUCUGUCAGUAAUUCCAACUUCAAUGUAUCUAUUACAGCUCCAAGUUCUCCUCUCAGACACUCCUUUGUAUCUACAUCUCAGCUGAAUGACACAUCAGAAUUCGCUCAGCAUUGGAAUUUCAGGGGUUUAACAAUAGAAGAGAAAGGACAGGAAACGAAACUUGAAACCCUAAGUACAAAUGGUACCACUGAACCAAGACCCUGUGAGUGUCAUGCCUGUACUCAGCUAAAAGAUCAGGGUCAUUUUUCAGUUGGUCCUUUUUCAAAAACAUUUCCGCUACUCCCAAGUGUGUUUCCUCCUCUGCCCCAUCUUGGAGAAGUUGGUAGGACUGGUCCAGCUAAACCUCAUAUCCAUCCACACCUGUACAACCUCCAUGCAGGAAAAUCUUCCACUGUUGGUGUACAGACUACUAAGUCCACUCAGCAUUUAGCUUGGCCAUUGAAUCUUGAUGCAGAAGCUCAGGAAAUGCUUCAGCGACAGAUUUGUUUGGCAACUCUUGGUGACUGGGACUCUUAUGAAAAUGAACCGCGAGCACUGACACAUCAGAAAUAUGGUAGUUGCUUGGGCAGUGACAUGUAUUUCAAUCCUCAUAGUUCCUUUCCAUCCAUGGUGUCCAGCAGUGUUGUUUUGGACACAGGGAAAAUUAGAAAUGCUGAUGUGAUAGGCCACUGUGAUGACUCUGUAAGAGAAGGAGACUACCAUUACAGUUUUUCUGUGCAACAGUCAUCAGUAUCUGCUCCAUCAGGAACUGCACACAGGAGUCCAAGUCUUCAAAGGUCUCCAGGCUCAAAGCGACACCACUCAAACAGUGAAACUGCAUGUUCGGUGUAUACCCAUGAACACAUGGGAGAUUGCUGUUUGUCAGGGAAGAUGUCUUCAAGUCUUCGGAAUGUGCCAUCUAAGUCUAAUUCUAUUUUGAGUAAAGAUCAGCAAGUUUCUUCUACAACAAAUGGAAUUGACAGCAGCACCAAUAAACAUAUGGUGAAUGGUGAAAAUAGAGGAAGUCAUUGUGGAGAAGCAGAUUGUGAGUCUCAUACGCCAGAUGGUGAAGAUAGUGUGGAUGACUCGUGUUCUGAACAGAGCUCCUCCACUUCCAUAUCCAACCACAGAGAAAGUCGUGUUUGUGAUUGUUGUUACUGUGAGGUCUUUGGCCAUGGAAUGGCUGCAAUGGCCCCUGUUAGUAGAAAUUAUCCUGAAAUGAGAGAACGAUUGAGGUUAAAGCUAAGCAAGAGAAAGGCUGAAAAUGGGGUUUCCAAUAAGAAGGACCACCCAGAACCUUCAGAAUCUCCUCUUGGUUACCGCCCACUAGAUGAAGUGCUGAAUUACAUUAAUGGCACUGAUAACAAAGACAGUGCCAAACAUUCAAACUCAAAAUCAGCAAAGAAGCAUCGGAAGAAAAUAAGAAAGGCAGAAGAAAGGGCCCAAAGAAAAGACCAUGAUAAAAAAGGAGAACAACUUUCAUCACAGAAUGUGGAAAAUGAUAAGUAUGAGCAAUUUUCAACAGGUCCCUGCCCUGGACUAAAAGAGGAGCUGAUAUAUGAAAAACAUAUUGAAGUGCCACCUUGUGACCAGUUUGUUCAUCAAAAAUCUGAAGCUCAAGCAAAGAUUCAGCAAUCAAGAAAAGAAAUGUAUGGGAAAGUAAAGCCAACACCUAAUGGAAAUGGUUAUCAAGAAAUGGAGAGGAAGGAAGCAGUUCAACAUUCUCAAUCAGAAGAAAAACAGAAAAAACAAGAUUUAGAGGCUAGUCAGCCAGUGUAUCAGCAGGUUAUUUUAAAUGGCUAUGUAACAGCCCUCACGCAAGACAAAGAAAAUAAUGCACCUGUAAAGAAGAUAGAGGUCUCUCUGCCAAUGACCAGUAACAGUAUAAGCCCUCCAGUGCUUGAUUCAAAGGUUUUAAAUCAAGCAGGUGUAUGGGCCACUUACUGUAAAAACAACAGGAUGAGUAAAGAAGAAGAUAGUUCCAUGAAAAAAGCAGAGGGGUCAAACAAAAAUGGUGAUAUACAACAGUUGAGUAAACUUUCUGUUAGAGGAAAGAAAAAUAAGAAGAAGAAAAAUUGUACAGAUGACAUAACAUGUCCAGAUGAAGUUUUCCUACCUAACUAUAAUGGACUAGAAAAUGGAGAAUUAGAUGAACUAGAAAGGGAACUUGAAGAUUUUAAAAGGUUUUGUAUGAAUUCUGUACCACCUGCACACAGAGAGAAGGUACAUGUAAAUCUGAAAGAUAUUGUUGUGAAGACAAGAAGACCAAAUUAUGGAAUCAGCACUUUAGCUGGUGGUCCUUAGCAGAUUGUGUUCCUGUCCUACAAGCUGCUUGAGCUGGAAAGAUGAAAGCAGCAGAAAACUUAAGUUAACCCCCAUCUAUAAGCAACCUUGAUGCGGAAUAAAGGAAGUUUUCAUUCUUCUUGCUGAUGUCCAGUGAACUUUGACCUUAACUUUUUUUUCUUUGAGGGCAACAGCUUUGAUGUUUUAUUGGGACAUUAAUUAACCUCUGUUAAAUAACUUGUUGAGAGUAAAAUAUGAAUUGCAGAGAAAUAUAAUGAUGCAUAUACAAAAAUCCAGUUUGUUAUACAGUCUUUUACCACCUUCUUUUGUUAGAUUAUAAGAUAUUGGUGCGCCUAUUAAAUAAAUUAAAAAAAGUUCAAGA